UCAUUGUCAAUCGAACAAGCUCAUAAAUCCCUUUCCCCCACUCCCCACAGCAAUCGUAGAUCAAUUUUCGUGUUUAAUUUCAACGGUUCAGAUGGAUUUCCACAGCUUAACAAGGAGAGAAUUGCAAGCUCUUUGCAAGAAGAACAAAAUCCCAGCUAAUAUGACUAAUGUUGCUAUGGCUGAUGCUCUUCAAUCUCUCCACUUUGUUGACGGUAUUGAAGAGGUCUUGAAAGCAUGUGAAUCUGAUGUUGCAAACUCAUCUACGGAGUCUCCUGGAAAGUCAGAAGCAGUAAUGAGUGUACCUCGGACUGGUCGCCGAACUACAAUCAAACAUGACUCGGAAACUUUGCAGACCUCGACUAGGACUCGCUGCAGAACAAGAGGAACGGUGGUCAAUGAAGUGAAAAAUGAUACACUUGAGACUCCUGCAUUGCCAACUACCAGAAGGAGGGCUGCAACAACUAACGUUCGCUCUAAGCUGGAAUCUGUAAUGAAUGAAUGUGAACCAAAAGAGAAAAUCGAGGAUCAGGUUGAGGAAGAAAAGAAAGAUGUUCCAAAGACACCAGCAGCUGCCCUCACUAGCCAAAGAAAGGAAGUGAAGGCAAAGAGUUCAGUUAGGCAAGUGUACAGCACUCGUCGAUCAGUGAGGUUAGCUGGGAAACAGCAGGAAUCAAGCACACAAGAGGAUGAAAAGUCAGGAACCCUUACGUUUGAUGCGGUUUCUGAAGAAACAGAUGAAAGUUUGGAGGUGAACUCCAAGAAUGAAGAACUAGACAAAAGUGGUAUUGAUUUGAAAGCAUUCAAGAGUUUGGACAUUAACAAUGAAUCUGAUACUACAGCAUGUGCUCAACCAGAAAGUGGCAAUGACCUGGUAGUUGUUGCUUUAGAUACAAAUGCAGAAGAGGGCUCAGAGGAAGUAGCACUGGAGCACAAUAACAGUGGAUCUGAAGAUAUGCAUACAUCAGAAAUGAAGGUACUUGAGAACGGGAAAGAAAUGGCAUCUGGAGAAAUGCGUUUGGAUGACGUUGCGGGAGCUAAAAUUGAAGUUUCUGGAGAAGAACCCAUGGACGAAUCCGAAAUUGAUCAUGCUGAGGCUAAAGAGGAAAAAGAUUUCCAGAACCAAAGCCAGAACUUGGGUGAUGAUACCAACAGAGAUUCAGAUGUCACUAAUGUGGUUCUGACCAAGCAGCUGCAUGAACAGGAUGAGCCCCAUUGUGGUGAUACAUCUGAUUUUGUGGCAAAAAAUGAUGAAGAUGAAGAAGAUAAUCUUAAUCAAGUGGAUGAGGCUGCAGAAUGUAAUUCUGAUGUUGCAGGAGAACAAGAGUUGAUUGGAGAACCUGAGGUGGAGGCUAAGGUGAGUGCAAGUAAGCUGAAGUGUCUGACUAACAUGCAAGCUACCAUAGAUUCUCUUGAGGUGAACUUGUUCGGGCAAUUCAAGGAUGAAGUGGAAGAAUAUGGGGUUAGUCUUACUGAGGCUAAUGUGGAUGCACCAGCUGAUGCUCUGGAAGUUUCUGGAGAAGAACCCAUGGAAGAAUCUGAAGUUGAUUAUGCUAAGGCUACUGUGGAGAGUGCAGCUCAGCAGUGUUUAAAUGUUCCAGAAGCUAAUACAGAAGUUGCUGGAGAAGAACCUAUGGAAGAAUCUGAAAUUGAUCAUGCUGAGGCUAAUGUGGAUGCUUCUCAUGCUUCUCUCAUACCUAAUGCUGCCCUAGAACCAGGACAGAUAAUUGUUACAGAUAACAAGGAAAACUUGGUUUGUGCGAACGAAAACAAAGGCACUGCUGGCAAUGAAAAUAAGCAAUCUCUGCAAGAUUUAAGCUUGAGGCAGCUUACAAAAAUGUUGAAAGAGCUAAAGAUCGCAAAAGCUCCUAAUGGAAAAGAGGCUGCUCAAAUCAAGGCAGCAAGCUCAAGAUCAGCCUUGCAAAAACUUCCAGGAAACCGUUUGACCAGUGAAACCGAAAAUUGAAGCUCAUGCUAUUAUAGGGGCAGACCACUCCGCCUGCCAGUUAAGUCAACCUUGAGUGGGAUGAAGAUGGAAGAUCAAACCUGCAAAACCUUCUUGGUUUGCUACUUUUGAGACAUCAAAUUAUUGUGUUUUUGUAUUCCUUGAGGGUUUUUUUCAUUACUUGUAUGAAAAACUAAAAUUACUCAUAUGAUGAUGAAUCCACCAGAUAAUUAUUCUCUUUGUCAAUCAA